CUCGCCCACGCCCGCAUAACCAGCCUCUCCGCCCCAGGCACUCUCACCCCAGGCGCCGCCUUCACAGCAACCCUGCACCCUACGGGCUACAUCCAAACGGUGCAAGACAUCAGCGUGGCAUUCGGGCUCGCGCCCUGGCCCGGCUACCCCAACAGCUUGGGCCGCACAACAGUCGAAUCUGUCUACCUUGGUCCCAGCAAGAGCAACGUCCUGGAGGAUAUCAACGUCACGAUGACCGCCCCGCAGCAGCUUGGUGCCGGUGAAAAGAUGCUGUUUUCUGCGGCUGUGUUCAGUUUGUAUGGCGCUUUGGGGAUGCCGGUUGUGGAAGUUUUCAAUGUCAGUGUUGUUGUU